AUAAGAAACAGAAAAAGUUUUCAUUUAUCUGAUCCGAUGAUACAUAUAUACACCCUGUUUCUGACUCACACAAACAAUAAAUAGGCACUUUUGAAUAUUUUCUCGAUAUCCCAGUGUGCCAUUGUUCUGUCAAAUCUGACAUAUAAACCAAUAGAUUUUUUUCGUAGAUAUACAGUCCUAAGUAUUCUCUACAAAACUGGGCCUAAGCGACAUCUUGUGAAUCCAUGGCUCGGGAGCUAUGAACAUUUUCCAUGAAGCCUUAGCACUCCUCUCCCGUUAGACUUGGGACUCUCAAAAACGAAUGAAAACAUAGGUUACCGACUAUGCUGCAUCUCGUGGUAAUGUUGGCUUUCGGAACAAAAUGCAAGAACUGAGUGACAAGGUCAAAUAACCCAUUUUUGACUAUUUUCAUCAGAAAUUAAAUAAUUCAUAACUGCGUCAGCAUCCAUCCAUCCAAUCUACUUCAGAAUGUCUGGAAAUACUCUAUUUUAUCCACUCAUUCUCAUUCGGUAUAUAAAACCAAUAAAAAAUAUUCUUUUGGCUCCGAAAGUUUCUGGAAAAUCUUUCUAGAAACCGAAGUAUUUUCUGUUGAUUUUUUCAACAUUUAUUGAGCUUUACAAUAUGCGUCGGAUAAAGUAGAGAAUGAGAAUGAGUGGAUAAAAUAGAGUAUUUCCUGACAUUCUGAAGUAGAUUGGAUGGAUGGAUGCUGACGCAGUUAUGAAUUAUUUAAUUUCUGAUGAAAAUAGUCAAAAAUGGGUUAUUUGACCUUGUCACUCGGUUCUUGCAUUUUGUUCCGAGAGCUAACAUUACCACGAGAUGCAGCAUAGUCGCUAAGUCAAUUCGUCGCGGACAUUCAGUCGCAUCGCUUUUGUCGCACGAUUUGUUUUAACAUAAAUUUUGAACGAUAAAAGGAACAUGAAAGAAAUUUUAAAUCACAGAUAUAGUUUGUGAGAAGAAACGGUAUUAUGAAGCUGCUAUUAUUCUUCUAAUCAAGAAUCAUCAUUGAAUCAAGCAUAUACUUUAUUAGUAGAGCGGAUUAAAGCAUCUAUUUCACUCUCUUCUGUGCUAUUUUAUCUGUAUCUAGUACAGUUAGUGAGUGAACUUUUUGAAUAGCAGGUACUGAUUUAACAUGAGCAAAUAGAGAUGUCAGAGCUUAUAACAAUACUAUUUCUUAUUUUUCAUUAACGAGGGAAGUUCUCCAACUGUUUGCUUUCCGAAUGAAACCUAGUGAAUACUAGGUUAUCGACCAUGCUGAUCCCGAAUAUGACCAUGCGGAUUGCCCUUAGCCCUUCGAACAUCCGAUUUUCUGGAAAACCAGUUAUUCAGAAACUCUAAACAAAAACCAAAAUCUUUCUUAAUGGAGCACAAUUGUAGCCCGUAAAUGUCUGAUUAAAAGUAGAUAUCUCCCAGCUCUACAUGACCUUUCUUUGCAUAGUUAUAGAAUUUAUAAGAAAAGACCUAAAUGCUCAUUGUCAGCUCAAAGCUACAGAAAUAAGAAGAAAUUAGUUUAGGUCUUUUCAUGUAAAUUCUAUAACUUUGCAAAGAAAGGUUGAGAUACUCUGCCCGAAGGUUUGAGAUACAAAAUAAUGCACUUUUUUUUUCUUUUCUUAUUUCAGAAUCAGUUCAAACAGGUGGUCUCGCUCGUGUGGCAAGAGUUCGUCAGCUAUUAAAAUCUGAAAAUAGUCAUACGUACACACUAUUGGCGGGUGAUUUAGUAUCGCCAUCGGCAUUGGGUCAAGCCAUUGUCAAUGGUACAGCAUUGAAAGGACUACAAAUGAUUGCUACAAUGAAUACUCUCGGACUUGAUUAUAUGACGUUCGGAAAUCAUGAAUUUGAUCUGAAAGAACCCGAUCUAUUACAGCGAAUGAGCGAGUCCAAAUUUACAUGGAUAAGUACGAAUGUUUUUAACAAAACAAGCGGUAAUAAUCUAUCUUAUGCUUCUUCGAUACCUUAUAAACUAUUGACAAUUUCCAAUGUUCGUAUUCUAAUAUUUGGCUUAACGAUUGAUAUGAAUACAGGUGGAUAUGUGACAAUUAUUAAUUCAACAUCAUUAGUACCAUUUGUGCGAGAAUUUUUACGUACACUUGAAAAUAAAUCAGUUGAAUAUGAUGUGUUAAUUGGAUUAACACAUUUAGAUUUAAAAACUGAUAUUGAUUUAGUUGAAAAUAUACCAGGGAUCGAUGUGAUUUUUGGUGGACACGAACAUGAAGAUUAUUAUUUAGUAAGAGGACUAACGUAUACACCUAUUUAUAAGGCGGAUGAUAACGCAAUCAGUGUCUAUAUACAUCGGUGUGCUUUUAAUGUAAAUAAAAAAUUAUUUCGUAUUUAUAGUACGUUGGCUCGAAUAACAUCAGAUAUUGAUGAUGAACCAGAAACAGCUAAAGUGGCCAACUAUUGGUUUAAUAUGGAAUCAGUUCAAACAGGUGGUCUCGCUCGUGUGGCAAGAGUUCGUCAGCUAUUAAAAUCUGAAAAUAGUCAUACGUACACACUAUUGGCGGGUGAUUUAGUAUCGCCAUCGGCAUUGGGUCAAGCCAUUGUCAAUGGUACAGCAUUGAAAGGACUACAAAUGAUUGCUACAAUGAAUACUCUCGGACUUGAUUAUAUGACGUUCGGAAAUCAUGAAUUUGAUCUGAAAGAACCCGAUCUAUUACAGCGAAUGAGCGAGUCCAAAUUUACAUGGAUAAGUACGAAUGUUUUUAACAAAACAAGCGGUAAUAAUCUAUCUUAUGCUUCUUCGAUACCUUAUAAACUAUUGACAAUUUCCAAUGUUCGUAUUCUAAUAUUUGGCUUAACGAUUGAUAUGAAUACAGGUGGAUAUGUGACAAUUAUUAAUUCAACAUCAUUAGUACCAUUUGUGCGAGAAUUUUUACGUACACUUGAAAAUAAAUCAGUUGAAUAUGAUGUGUUAAUUGGAUUAACACAUUUAGAUUUAAAAACUGAUAUUGAUUUAGUUGAAAAUAUACCAGGGAUCGAUGUGAUUUUUGGUGGACACGAACAUGAAGAUUAUUAUUUAGUAAGAGGACUAACGUAUACACCUAUUUAUAAGGCGGAUGAUAACGCAAUCAGUGUCUAUAUACAUCGGUGUGCUUUUAAUGUAAAUAAAAAAUUAUUUCGUAUUUAUAGUACGUUGGCUCGAAUAACAUCAGAUAUUGAUGAUGAACCAGAAACAGCUAAAGUGGCCAACUAUUGGUUUAAUAUGGGUAUGCAAGGAUUCAUCGACAAAGGAUUUGAACCAAACAAAACGGUGGCGAUUCUUCCACCAGAUGUUCAGCUCGACGGGAGGUCAACAUCAGUAAGAAAUUUUCCAACAUUGUUAUCAAACUAUUCGUGCGAAUGUAUGGUGAAGGAGACGGAAUCGAACGGAACCAUUAUUGGUUUAUCCAAUAGUGGAUCGAUACGUGUAGAUGAUGUAUUGACGGGUAUAAUAACACAAUACGAUGUAUUGCGUACACUUCCCUUUGAUAAUUAUGUUAUGUCAUUGUCUGUGCCAGGUGCUCUGUUAUCAAAAGUGUUGACAACAGGCUUGUCUGCAAUUGGAUCAGGCAUGUUUGUAUCGUACACCGGUGUUCAUACGAAUGAUAAUGGUGCGACAUGGCUGCUCAACCAAGACGGAACAAAUAUAGCAACCAGUGGUGAGAAUUAUAAUGUUGCCACAACGGACUUUGAAAAAUAUAACACUGGUUUA